AUGGGGGUAGCUGUUGAUAGCGCGAAUCGCAUUGUCGUGGUUGAUCAAGGUAGGUCUCGACUUGAAACUAUAGUUAACGUUGUUCAGGGUGAGGACAAUGAGGUUGCGUAUCUCCGGGAAACAUGACUAGGAAACAUUGUAUCCUGGUUUGACCACCUUCGGGAAACAUGGCUGGGAAACAAUGUUUCCUGAUUUGACCACCUUCGGGAAACAUGGCUAGGAAACAAUGUUCCCUUGUUUGUCCACCUUCGGGAAACAUGGCUAGGAAACAAUGUUUCCUGGUUUGCCCACCAUCGUGAAAUCUUCGGCAAACAUGGCUAGGAAACAAUGUUUCCUGGUUUGUCCACCUUCAGGAAACAUGGCUAGGAAACAAUGUUUCCUGGUUUGUCCACCUUCAGGGAACAUGGCUAGGAAACAAUGUUUCCAAGUUGCCCACCAUCGGGAAACAUGGCUAGGAAACGUCCGUCAAUGAAUUUCAAAUUUCUAAUUCGGGUUCUGAUCUCGUUUCCCAUGCAGGCAACAACAGAGUACAAGUGUUCAACACCGAGGGAGAAUUCCAGUUCACGUUUGGCAAACUUGGGAAAUGGGAUGGUGAAAUAAGCUGCCCAAACUUUGUAGCCGUUGACAAGGACGACAACAUGUAUGUCUCAGACGAGAUAAACAUGAGAGUUCAAAUAUUCCGCCGUGAUGGAAGUUACCUCAGGAAAAUCUCCGCCAAAGAAAUUCACGGAUUCCAAGACAAUGUGGACCAUUUGUCCGGCAUAGCGGUCGAUUCUCGAGGUUACGUUGUGGUUGGUGCAAAAAGUAGUUGUAGUGCACGAGUUUUUACCCCGGAUGGCCGGUUCCUACGAGCUUUUUCCUCUACACGAGCUUGUCCAUCCCGGCUGUUGUUUGCCUCCGGCAUUGCGCUAACUUCGGCAGGCGAAAUUGUCGUUUCUGAUUGGUUUAAUAAUAGGAUUCGUUUCUUCUGA